UAGCUCUUAUCGCUGCCCACCCCGUGACGUCAUCACUCUACUACAGCGCCUUCUUACAGGCUUCAGUCGCCUUUUAUCGUCUUGUUAUCUGACCCGUCUGCUAAUACCACCUAAUUUCAACUCAUUGUACUGACUGAGGUCACUGAACCUGCCGGGAAGAGCUCUUUGGGUGUGUGAAGCAUCAUGGGCCUAGCCACACUCAAAAGCUUUGGCAAGAAGCUACUCCGAGUGAAGGCAGUGGACUGCAGUACAGAGGAGUCUCGACUGUCCCGAUGUCUUAACACAUUUGACCUAGUGGCACUGGGUGUGGGGAGCACGCUCGGAGCUGGUGUGUAUGUGCUUGCUGGCGCUGUGGCACGAGAAAACGCCGGCCCAGCCAUCGUGCUGUCAUUUCUGAUUGCAGCUUUGGCUUCUGUUAUGGCUGGACUGUGCUAUGCUGAGUUUGGAGCGCGAGUGCCCAGGACAGGAUCAGCAUAUCUUUACAGCUAUGUGACUGUAGGAGAGUUGUGGGCCUUCAUCACUGGCUGGAACCUCAUUCUAUCAUACGUUAUAGGGACGUCCAGUGUAGCUCGAGCAUGGACCGCCACAUUUGAUGAGCUCAUAGGGCAACAAAUUGAGACCUUCUGUAAGAAACACAUGAGCAUCAACGCCCCAGGAAUUUUAGCAGAGUACCCGGAUAUAUUUGCUGUAAUCCUCAUCCUCAUCCUAACUGGACUGCUGGCAUUUGGUGUGAAGGAGUCAGCGAUGGUGACUAAAGUGUUCACCUGUGUGAAUGUGUUGGUGUUGAUGUUUGUCAUUAUCUCGGGUCUGAUUAAGGGAAGCCUUAAAAACUGGAACCUGAAUCCUGGAGAGAUCUUGAAUGCUAGCUUAAGAGGAAAUGAAUCCCGGCCAUUCAUUUCACCGAGCAGCCUUGGAGACGGAGGCUUCAUGCCGUUUGGUAUCAGUGGAGUUCUCUCUGGGGCUGCUACCUGCUUUUAUGCCUUUGUUGGAUUUGACUGUAUUGCUACCACAGGAGAAGAGGUAAAGAACCCACAGCGGGCGAUCCCUAUUGGCAUCGUGGCUUCACUCCUCAUCUGCUUUGUGGCCUACUUUGGCGUGUCUGCAGCUCUUACCGUAAUGAUGCCCUAUUAUAUGCUGGAUCCAAACAGCCCUUUGCCUGUGGCGUUUAAACAUGUGGGCUGGGACGGAGCUACAUACGCCGUGGCUGUCGGCUCACUGUGUGCUCUCUCCACCAGUUUACUCGGCUCCAUGUUUCCAAUGCCCAGAGUAAUAUGGGCCAUGGCAGAGGAUGGCCUGCUCUUUAAGUUCCUGGCAAAAGUCAACGCUAAAUCCAAAACACCUGUAAUGGCAACUCUGACCUCAGGCAUUGUGGCAGCUUUAAUGGCUUUCUUGUUCGACCUGAAGGAUCUGGUGGACCUCAUGUCCAUCGGGACGCUGUUGGCAUACACCCUAGUGGCUGCCUGUGUCUUAGUUUUAAGGUACCAGCCGGAGCAGCCCAGCGUGACAGUGCAGUAUCAGAUUGCUGCCUCUCGGGAGGAUGCCGAGCCCGACUCCAUCAGCGAGGGCAGUUCAGCCUUUCUUACUAAAUCUCAAGAAAAUAGAACACUCGGCAACCUGCUUUUCCCUAAAAACACAGAGCCUUCACAUCUGUCUGGAUUUACUGUCAACAUUUGCACCAGUGUAAUAGGUGUUCUGGUUUGUUUGUUUUGUGUUGUAGCUGUACAGGGUGCAUUUCAAGCCUGGUCUCUUUAUGUGCUGUGUGUGCUAUUUGUUAUGUGCCUUCUUCUCACCCUCCUAAUCUGGCGGCAGCCAGAGAGCAAAACCAAGCUCUCCUUCAAGGUUCCUCUUCUGCCCUUCCUGCCUGUGCUUAGCAUGUUUAUUAAUGUCUACUUGAUGAUGCAGCUGGAUAAAGGAACCUGGUUUCGUUUUGCCAUCUGGAUGUUGAUCGGCUUCUUCAUUUACUUCACCUAUGGGAUCAGAAACAGCACAGAAUCGGACAGGAACACCACUGAAGAUUAUGUCUCUUUUAAUAGAGACGGACCACUCAGUAAAACAGAUGGACCUUCUACACCGGAGAAAGAGGCAUUCCUCUCUAAUCAUGUUGUAGAGGAGCAAGUACAUGAAAAAGAAGAGGAGAAUGACUCUUAAGAAUGCUUAAGUGCAUUUUAAACCCUUAUUUAGUCGUACAAGUGGAUUGAC